ACGCUAGAAAUCAAGCGGAAACAGCUGCUUCUUCAACCAUGCCGUUGCGUGUUGUCAUUGUCGGAGGCGGGAUUGGCGGGCUGGUGCUCGCUCAGCUGCUGCGUGCUCAAGAGGCGCCCGUUCAAGUUGACAUUUUCGAGCGCGACUCGUCCGCAGAUGGUCGCGAUCAAGGAUAUUACAUCAAUUUGAUCUCUCAGGCAGUGGAUUUGCUCAAGCCGACUUUUGGCAACCUGCCCGAGCUGGCAAGGCUGGUGACAGACCCGCGAUCCCAGGUGCAAUGCAAGCAGGUGCUGGAUACGGACUCGAAGGAGCUCCUCAGCCUCCCUGUGCCUCCUGGAUGCUGCUUUGUCAACCGAAUCGAGCUGCGCAAGUGUCUCCUGGAUGGCCUCACCAUCCACUGGAAUAAGCGCUUCGAGUCGUACGAGGAGUCGGCCGACGACAAGAGUACCACCCAAGUUCGCUUCCGCGAUGGUUCCGUCGUCACCGCCGAUAUUCUGGUCGGUGCGGACGGAGCCAACUCGCGUGUUCGAGAGCAGCGUGCGCCUGGUAUUCGCUACGAGGACCUUGGGUUUACUACCGUUGCCGGCUUGAGCACGCUGGAUGCGGCUCCGCCUGCAGUGCGCGGCAGGCUUGACAAGGGUCUCGUGCGCUGGCUUGGUCGUCAAGGACACACCGCAAUGAUGUUUCCCAUUUUUGCCGUCAAGGAGCACGAGCAGCCACUUCUUGUGUGGAUCAUGUCGUAUCCUGGACAGCGGGCAGAGUGGGAGACGAAAUUUGCGCACGCCGAGGAGGAUGUGACCAACGAGUACUCGGAAUCCAACCAUGCGAGACAGGCAUUGCUCGACGAUUGCAUCGCACGCGUGGCGACGCACAUUACCCCGGACAUUGCUGGGGCGAUUCGCGCCACCAAACCGGACGGCUGGCUGUUUGGUCCUCGGCAAGUUUAUUCGACCAGCGCGGCGCAACUGCCCAGCAUCCUCGACCCACCUUCGCAUCGUGUUGUGCUGUUGGGCGAUGCUGCGCAUGCCACGACAACCCAUCGCGGGCUCGGAGCCAAUUCCGCCAUUGCAGAUGCGGCCGAUCUGGCCGCCGCGAUUCUCAAGGCGAGCGGCGAGACUUCCGCGGAAGCCGUACCCAAGGCACUUCAGCAGUACGAUCGCAUCAUGGUGGCUCGCGGCGGCAAGGUCAUUGGCAACUCUCUGUCCUCCACGUACUCGAUUCAUGCUGCUGGAUGGACUGCCGACUGGAUUUGUCCUCUCCAGUACCGCGCAAUGCACUACAUCAUGAAGGUGGUGUCUUGA